UCCGGAUCCGGCGCCAAGCGGAUUUUUGAAUGCAGCCGCCAAUUCCGGAUUGCUUUGGCUCUCUCGUUUCCCCGCGUGCAGGGCAGACUCGGCAGUUUACCCGAGAGUUAUCCUCGUUCGCUGCUAUCAAAGCCCCCUGCUGCUUAUUCCCAAGUAGUGAGAGGAGGUUGCGGACUGGUGCGCGCCAGGCGCUCUGAACGCACCCAGAUGUGACUUCCCUUGCCUUGUUCUGAGCCCCGGUUCUCGUGCUCAGAGCAAGGCUGAGACUUGAACAUUCUAGAGGAUGUGGUACAUAGUUGGUAGAUUUUCCUCUGCCAGCUGCCCUGCAUAAAGAGAAAAACUUCAAACGACUGCUCUGUAGUAACUUUCUAUAACAGGCAACAUCUUUCUACAGGGCAAAUUGAUUAAUGUGGUGGAAAUCUUCUUGUCAGAGAACCCAAAAAAUAUUGGAGAUUCUUUUCCUAUAGAUAAGACAAGAGUGUGGUCUUCCAGCUUAAGGUCUUGUAGCUGCCAGUGACUUUGUUGUUCUUCCUUCCUCAAAUGCUACCUAGUUCCACUGCCCUGUGUUCAUCGUAUGAAGGUAUACACGAUGUUCCCAGAGGUGGGUGACAGUGAGGAUGAGGAGCUACGCAGCUUUUCUUUUCUAAAGAAGCCGCUACCUCUAAGAGAUGAAGUCGUUGUGCUCUGCAGCUCGGAUUCUGAGGACUCAUCCACUCUGUCUCCUGCAUGGAAAAAGGCCUGUAGUGGACAAGAUUUGGCCAGAGCUGCUACUCAGCUGAAAAAAAUGUCAGAACUCAGCAAUGAAAGUGAAGAGGAAGAGGACCUGAUGCCCUUGGCUGAAAGACUCAGGAAGAAUCUCUUAAACGCCAAACCUUCUACAGCUGGGGCCUCAUUUACUAGACUCCAGGAACCAAGAAGCCAAGUCUUGGUUGGGCACAAAAGGCUAUAUUCAAGUGAUGAGCAAGUAGCCACUGAUUGCUUGCAGCCGUCACAACCCAGAGACAUUCAGAGAAGAGCUGUACCCAGUACUUGGGAGUUGUCAGAUAGUGACCAGGAAAUGGCUCCCAGGGUUCCUAAGAAACAAUCUGUGAACCAGCUUUCAGUUUGUCUUUCUCAGUACUCCGAAGAAAAUGGAAGCCACCUAAUGGCUGAGAUGAGCCUGAAGUCAUUCCCUCUUCAGACAGAAACGAAACACAGCCAGGAGGAACUUGACAAAGAUCACCAAGCCGCCAUAAAGAAGAGAAAAGAUCAAGAAACUCAGAAAAGGCUACGGGAGCAGGAAAGAGAGAGGAAGAAGGCUCUUGCCAAUCUGCGGAAGGCUCAGAGACCAGAAGAGUGUCUGAAACACAUUCAAGUAGUGCUGGAUCCAGGUCUUUUACAGGUAGAAGGUGGUGGGCAAUUGCUUACCAUUCUGCAAUCCAUGGACUGUAGCUACAUCAUUGCAAAUCAAGUUGUCCCCUGCAGUAUUACCUGGAGAAGAAAAACUGGGAUAGCUCAAGCUGACGAAGACAACUGGAUAGAAGAACCCAACAUCCUUGUUCUUGUGCUCCUAGAAGACUUUGUCUCCAUGAUCCAAAACUAUAAGCAGGCUAGCAUGGAUGGAUCCGGCGUGACUCUACAGAGCUUUGUGGCUAAUGUUAAGAAGAAAAUCCCUGGGAAAACUCUGGCAAUGGCUAUUGUGGAACUGGAAAAAUACUUCAGUUAUCACAAGCAGAAGCAACAAAAGAGACUGCAGCAAGCCCCACCAAGCAGAAGGGAGGCACAGGAGCUGGGUAAACAAAGGCAUCGGCAAGGGAAGGGCAUUCCAACCCCAGAGUUAUCCAGAGUGGAUGUGGAAGAAGCUUUAGUGAGGUUACAGCUUCCCAUGGGCAUCCAGAUUCGAGUCCUGGAGAGCUGGAAGGAGUUUGCCGAUUUUGUCGUCAUGUUCACCAAGGCUGUAGCUGAAGCACCAUUCAAAAGAGAACGGGAUAAACCCAGCUUUUCCUUCUGCUUGGAAGGUGACUGGAUCGGAGGUAAAAAGGUAGACUGCUCUGGGAAGGGGCUGCUACAAGUCUGGAAGAGACAGCUUCAGCAGUUUAACCGGGUCAGUCUAGAGAUGGCCAAUGCCAUUGUGGCCAAAUACCCUUCUCCACUGCUCCUUGUACAGGCCUACAAUACUACCUCCUCUGAACAGGAGCGACAGAAUCUUCUUGCAGAGAUACCUGUACGCCGUGGUGAUGGUGUGACUGCCACUACAAGGCGGGUCGGUCCGGAGCUCUCCAAACGGAUUUACUUACAGAUGACUUCCUAUAAUCCUGACCUUUCGCUGGAUGAACCGAAAACACAUUGAAGCAGACUCUGUGUACAAACUCUUUGUUUUAUUACUGGGGCGAGGGAACAUUAAACACUUUUGAAAACAUAAAA